AUGCUCCUAAAGGUUCUAUUUUUACAUUUCGUAUUGGCGAAUUGCGAAAAUAUAUUGCUAGACUCGAUACCAGCCUUAGAUUACGGUUGGUUAGCUGAGAAUGCUGAAUCUCAGAAAUCUAAUAUACUCGGCUUCUUAAACAAGACCAGAGUGAAACAGGAAUACAAGCUAAUGUAUUACUCCUUACUGUCGAGGCUCACUGGUGUACGAUCAGUUGAGCUUACAGGCUCGACCAGAAGAAUAGUGUAUGGACAAAACACGUCUAUAUCUUCGGUACCAUGGCAGGUCUCCAUCAGGGACAGAGUCUACCCGAUCUGUGGAGGAACCAUACUAACUGAGAUAUGGAUUAUAUCCGCCGCACAUUGCUUACUGAGACAUUUAGUGGCAAACUUGAGCAUCCGCCUUGGUUCGUCCUGGAAAUCGCAUGGCGGUGAAAUGUAUGAUGUCAAAGAAAGAUUAGUCCAUCCGUCAUAUUUAAGCAGCAGCAAGGCCAACGACGUAGGACUACUCCGCCUGUAUUCACCUCUCCGCUUCACCAACAAAAUACUACCCUUGAAACUUAUAGACCGCGAGAAGAGAUUAUUGGCUAAUAAGUUGGCUGUUGUUUCAGGGUGGGGGAAAAUUAAGGAGGGUGGUCCGUCCGCAACAUAUCUGCAAUCUUCCCCGAUCCGAACUAUUCCCAUGAAACUAUGCAAGAGAUCAGCGCUGAACCGCAAGGCCAUAGACCCCGCAUCCAUGUUCUGCGCCGGAUCGUUCAUCCAGUCUUCGCCUGAUGCUUGUCAAGGUGACAGCGGAGGUCCAGUGGCCCUCGAAGGAGAGCUGAUCGGCGUGGUAUCUUGGGGCUUGGGUUGUGCCAGAGGAAAUUUCCCAGGAGUCUACACGCGACUCUCGCAUCCUGCCAUAUGGGACUGGGUUUAUAAUCAUAUCAGCAGCAGCAACAAUACGAGACUUAGAAUUGGCGAUUCCGAGUUGGAUGUAUAAAGAUGAUCCUGAGGUAUUCUUUUUAAUAAAAUGCUUAGGAUCUUCGAAA